AUGACGUUAAAAUCAAGUAAAAACGAACCGGCUGCAAUCCUGGAGCCAGUGUGCGGUGUCCGGACAGCCCUGUCUGACUUGUACCUGGAGCAACUUCUGCAAAACAAGCCCAAGUCUGACAAGGGUGAUAUGCAAGUGCAUGAAAACAAAGGAGCAGAGGUUUUUACAAACGGCAGUACUGGACAUCUGAACGGUAAAGACAUGACUAAAAUGAAGGAAGUAGUCUUUGAGAAGAAUCCUUCAGAGCCACUGGGAGUCACACUGAAACUGAACGACAAACAGAGGUGCACAGUGGCCAGAAUAUUAUAUGGAGGCAUGAUCCACAGACAAGGAUCUUUGCAGGAAGGUGAUGAAAUAGCUGAAAUCAAUGGGAAAAGUGUGGCAAACCAUUCUGUAGAUUAUCUACAAAAAGUACUGCGAGAGACAAAUGGACCCGUCACCAUGAAGAUCAUUUCGAAUCCGCAGAGUCGCUCUCGAAUCUGUGAGACUUACAUGAGAGCCCAGUUCGACUAUGACCCCUCCAAGGACGACCUCAUUCCGUGUAAAGAGGCGGGGCUAAAGUUUUGGACCGGUGAUGUCAUCCACAUCAUCAACAAGCAGGACCCCAACUGGUGGCAGGCCAGAGUGGAGAGCAGCACCGCAGACUUCGCUGGCCUCGUACCUUCUCCAGAGUUGCAAGAAUGGAGGGAAGCAAGCAAAAGUAAAGCUAAAGAAGGAACGCCAUCUUGCAGCCCAUUUGGGAAAAAAAAAAAGUGCAAAGACAAGUACUUGGCAAAACACAGCUCUGUUUUCGACCAAUUAGAUGUGAUUUCAUAUGAAGAGGUUGUGCGACUUCCUGCUUUCAAUAGAAAAACAUUGGUGUUGAUUGGCGCGCCAGGGGUUGGGAGACGCAAUAUCAAAAAUGCUUUACUUACAAAAUACCCGGAGAAAUUUUCCUAUCCUGCACCACAUACAACAAGACCCCAGAGAAUGGAUGAAGAAAAUGGAAAGGAAUACUUCUUCAUCCCAAUUGAGAGAGAAAUGACAAAAUGCAUCACUGGAAAUGAGUUUCUUGAAUAUGGAAGUUUCCAAGGAAAUAUGUUUGGUACCAAAUUUGAGACCAUCUACAAGAUCCAUGAACAAGGGAAAAUUGCAGUGCUUGAUAUUGAACCACAGACCUUGAAGAUUGUGCGGACAGCAGACUUUGCACCUCUUGUGGUCUUUAUUGCUCCGACCACAACUUCUGCCCAGACGGAGUCUCUGCAGAUGAUCCAGAAGGAGUCAGAUGCCAUUUUGUCAACGUACAGACACUUUUUUGAUCUAAUUCUGGUGAACAACGAUGUGGAUGAAAGUGUGAAAGGAGUGGAGGAGGCGAUCGAGAGUGCAUGCUCCACCCCUCAGUGGGUGCCUGGACGCGCUAACACUUCAGUCCGGAUUCACCACUGCUCUUCAUCCACUGCAACCAAGAACAUGUCUGCCCCAGCUUCAGGUGCUCCUGGCCCAGAUGGGAGUCAGGGCCCUCCCAACCUCACCAGCAACCGCCGCCUGCAGCAGACACAGGCGCAGGUUGAUGAGGUUGUGGAUAUCAUGCGUGUAAAUGUGGACAAGGUUUUGGAACGUGAUUCAAAGCUGUCUGAACUCGAUGACCGGGCUGAUGCCCUGCAGGCUGGAGCCUCUCAGUUUGAGACCAGUGCUGCCAAACUCAAGAAUAAAUACUGGUGGAAAAAUGCUAAGAUGAUGAUCAUCCUGGGUGUGAUAUGUGUGAUCAUCCUCAUCGUCAUUAUUGUCUACUUCAGCACCUAA